AUGGCCGUCGAUCGCAUCGCCGUCAACGGCCACCGGGGCGACGGCGUAGUCGCCAACGGGCGCCACGAGGACGUUGGUGUGGUCGUCAACGGGGAGGGGGAUGACCGUAGGGUUUCGAAGAAGCUGCGGAAGUUCCCGAUCAGCGCGGAGGAGAUACGUCAGGAGUUCGGCCACCACGACCGGGGGAUUGCGCGAGUGAACAAUGGGAGCUUCGGGAGCUGCCCGGCGUCGGUUCUGGCGGCGCAGAAACGGCUGCAGGAACUGUGGCUCAGGCAUCCGGAGGCCUUCUUCUAUGACGUGCUCCAGCCGUCCAUCCUCAGGUCGCGCCAGGUGAUUCGAUCGCUCAUCAACGCCGAAUACGUGGAGGAGGUGUCCAUCGUCGACAACGCCACGACCGCCGCCGCCAUCGUGUUCCAGCACGUCCAGCGGGCGUUCUACGAGGGGGUGUACGAGAAAGGCGACUCCAUAGUGAUGCUCCACUACGCCUACGGAUCAGUGAAGAAGUCGGCGCAGGCAUACGUGGCUCGCGCGGGGGGUAACGUGGUGGAGGUGCCGCUGCCGUUCCCGGUUAAGUCGGAGGAGGAGGUGGUGGUCCAGUUCAGGAAGGCUCUGGAGGCGGCCAAGGACGGGGGCAGAAGGAAGGUUCGCCUGGCCGUGAUCGACCACAUCACCUCGAUGCCCAGCGUCGUCAUUCCGGUGAAGCGGCUGACGAAGAUCUGUCGGGAGGAAGGCGUCGAACACGUAUGGUGCCGUUUAUCUCCCGUCAUGGAUUGAAUUUCAAUUUUCAAUUUGGUGGAUGAAAGGAUUUCUGAUUGUUCUUCAAUGGAUGAGCGGCUUUCAAAUUAUGCUUCCAUGGAUGAACGGAUUUCAAAUUGUACUUCCAUGAAUGAACGGAUUUCAAAUUGUACUUCCAUGGAUGAACGGAUUUCAAAUUGUACUUCCAUGGAUGAGUGGAUUUGAAUUCACUAUAUUGGUGAUGAUUGGGUCCAGGUGUUUGUCGAUGCGGCACACGCAAUUGGGAAUGUGGAGGUGGACAUGAAGGAAAUUGGUGCCGAUUUCUACGCGAGCAACCUGUACAAGUGGUUCUUCUGCCCGCCGUCGGCCGCGUUCCUCUACUGCCGGAAGUCUCCCACCUCGCCGGAUCUUCACCACCCGGUCGUGUCCAGCGAGUACGGGAAGGGUCUGCCGAUGGAGAGCGGCUGGGUCGGAGCCCGGGACUACACCGUGCAGCUCGUCGUCCCCGACGCGGUGGACUUCGUGAACAGAUUCGAAGGGGGUGUCGCGGGUAUCACCAGGAGAAACCACGAGAAGGUUCUUGAAAUGGGGGAGAUGCUUGCCGACGCCUGGGGGACUUGCCUCGGCAGCCCGCCCGCAAUGACCUGCAGCAUGGUCAUGGUGGGCUUGCCCAGUUCUCUGGGCGUUGCAAGCGACAAAGACGCGCAGAAGCUGAGGCGACAUCUGCGGGAAGUUUUCCGAGUCGAGGUCCCCAUUUACUACAACUCCCCAAAGGAAGGCGACGAUGGGCCCCUGGAACCCAUAAACCGUACAGCUGCGUACGCCAGAAUCUCCCACCAGGUUUACAACGUGGCGGACGACUACUACAAACUUAGAGAUGCUGUGAGAAAGCUCGUCGUGGACGGGUUCACUUGCAGGUCUCUUUCUUCUAACUGA